UUUUAUCAUCAUCUAAUGAUAUAGAAGAAUUAAAACAAUGUAUUAUAAUCAACAUUCAAAAAAAACUGGGAUUCAAUAGACAUCAUGUUGGUGUUAAGAAAUUCAUUUUGGAACCUUUUCCUGAAAACAUUUUUGCAAUGCUUUUUUUUCAACAAGAAAAUUUUUUUUAUUAUCCUAUUAAAAGAUACUAUAUUUGUAAAUUUGAAAAUAUUGAAGGAAGGAAUAAUUUAAGUAUAAUAUUAAAUAAUUAUAAAUGGUGGGAGAGAAAAAACAAUGCAACUGGUACAAUUUCUUUUGUUGUGAUGGAGGAUGAUGGAGUAGUAAAACCAGAAAUCAAAUUUCUUUGGAGAGAAAAAUUUUUAAAUAAUAUGAAAUGUGGAUUUUGUAAG